AUGCCUCGGGGUCAGAAGAGUAAGCUCCGUGCCCGGGAGAAACGCCGCCAGGCCCAGGAAGAGUCAGAGGAUAUGGUGGGUAUUCAGCCCUCUGCAGGAGUGGGAGAAGGGUUCUAUGCCCCUUUUUCUCCUCUUGGUAUUUUCCAGAACUCACCUACUGCUGCUUUAUGUUGCAACCCACAGGGUCCUCAGGAAGCCCCGGCUGAGGGUGCUACUGCUGCAGCUGUUUCAUCUGUGACAUCUGAUGAGAGCACCAGCACCCAAGAAGGUGUUGCAAGACUACCCUCACGGAACCCAACAGUUACCGAGCCCUUCCGCAGGGGCCCAAUAGAUGAGAAGGUGGUUAUGAUGGUGCAUUACAUGCUGUACAAAUAUGAGAUGAAAGAGCCCAUUAGCAAGGGGGAUAUGCUCAGAAAUGUAAUCCAGAUGUACAAGAAUCACUUCCAUGAGAUCCUCAGAAGAGCUUCUGAGUAUCUCGAGCUGAUCUUUGGCCUUGACCUUAAGGAAGUGGAUCCCAAUAGGCAUAUCUAUGUCCUUGUUAACAAGUUAGAACCAACCUACGAUGGGAGGCCGAGUGAAGUAAAAGUACCCAAGACAGGUCUGCUGAUGACUGUCCUGGGUGUCAUUUUCACCAAGGGCAACUGUGCCACUGAGGGGGAUGUGUGGGAAGUCCUCAAUAUGAUGGGGAUAUAUGAUGGGAGGAAGCAUUUCAUUUAUGGGGAGCCCAGAAAGCUCAUCACGCAAGAUUUGGUGCGGGAAAAUUACCUACAGUACCGCCAGGUGGCUGACAGUGAUCCCCCACGUUAUGAAUUUCUGUGGGGCCCACGAGCCCAUGUGGAAACCAGUAAAAUGAAAGUCCUAGAGUUUCUGGCAAAAAUCCACGAUACUACUCCUAGUGCCUUCCCAGUCUGGUACGAAGAAGCUUUGAAGGAUGAGGAAGAGAGAGCUAAAGCCAGAGCUGCAGCCAGGGCUCGCAAUGCUGCCAGAGCAGAUGCUCGUUCCAAGUCCAGGGGCGGCAGCUCCUCCCAUACCUUUAAUAAAAUCUAA